AUGGCUGAUAGACGCAGAGGUCGUGGUAGACCCAGAACCCAUAAUUCAGACUUUGAACCGCCAAGUGGUAGUGAAGGUUUUCAAUGGCCUCAAUUUAUGCAACAGAUGCAACAACAACAACAACAGAAUCAAUUCAUGCAACAGAUGAUGCAACAGUGGAAUGGUGGUUUUCAUCCUCAGGGGGUUCCACAAGAAGUCGCAGGUGGUAGUUUCCGAGAUUUCUUCCACAUGAAUCCUCCCGAAUUCCAUGGUGGGUUGAAUCAUGUGAAAGCUCAGGAGUGGAUAACCAACAUGGAAAGGAUUUUUCAUAUAGUGCAUUGUAGUGAAGAGAAUAAGGUUGUGUUUGCUUCUCACAUGAUGAAGGGUCCAGCUGUGAGAUGGUGGGAGAAUGCUUCGACUCUUAUGACCAAUCAAGGAAUACCUAGGGAUUUGGAGCAUUUUAAGACUAUUUUCCUGCAUAAGUAUUUUCCGAGUUCUUUGAGGACACAUAAAGAGUUUGAGUUUCAGCAGCUUAGACAGGGUACUAUGUCAGUAGCUGCGUAUGCUGAGAAGUUCGAAGAUAUGACUGCUUAUUCUAGACAAGCCGCGCACGCACCUGAUGAGAGGUGGAAGAUUGAUCAGUUUCUUUUUGGACUAAGGGGUGAAAUUUCUCAUAGUGUAUCUCAAAGGGAAUUCACUUCUUAUGCUGAAUUGUUAAGGCAAUGCUAUGUGGCUGAGAACAGUUUGAAGAAAGUGCAAGAAGAAAUGGGUCAGUAUAGGAGUGGGCAGAGAGACCAAGGGAGGCCAGGUAGCCAGUUUAGGCCUAGAUCUCAGGCUUUUAAAGGAAAACAGGUGCAACAUGCAAGACCUAACCAACCUCCUCAAUGUCAAGUGUGUAAGAAGUCUCAUUUUGGAAGAUGUGUUGGAAGUGGAGUUAAGUGA